AUGGAAUUAACGAAAGAAAAAAAGGAAAACGAAGGGGUAGUAGACAUGACGGUUACGUCGGAUAAAAUUCGAUCGAAAAAAGUAUUGAAACCAUUUUCGAUAGAAUCGUUAAUAUCGUAUAAAUCGGAUGAUGAAAAAAAUAUUAACAAAAACAAACGUGACGGUUGUGGAAAUGUCGUUGUGAAAAAAAUAAGUGAAACUAUGGUGUCGGGGAGUGAUGUUAACAAUUCGUACAAACCAGAAAAAUAUUCUUAUGAUGGUACAACAACAGGGGUGAUGACGAAAGAAUCCCAAAUUUGCGAACGGGUACCGGGUACGUUAAAUAAAUUUCCAUUGGAAAGAAUGACCGGUCCAGAUAUGGGAGAAAUUUAUCACAACGGAUUUAAUUCUUCUUUUACCGGAAACGUCGGUGCGACGGGAAAUGAUUUGGAUGGAUAUCGCACUUCCGCCGGAUUACCCGUGAAUUUCUUAGAAAAAUUUCAUAGAACGAAUCAAAACCUAACCGAUAAUAUUAGUUAUAAUUGGCCGUUUAUAUACAAUACCUGGCUUCACAAUACGGGACUUUUUUUUAAUGCUAGUGUUAAUAGUGCAAUUAUGAUGAGACCCCAGGAAUAUCGGUCCUCAUCGAAUCAUGGGCAAGUUGUUAGUCCAAUUAGUCCUAUCGGUAAUUCUUUUUUUCUUCUUCUUCUUCCUCUCAUUCCACCACCACCACCACCAACAACAACAACAACAAUCAAGGCUAAAAACGGAAACUUAUUAAAAUUUCCCGCGAAAACGUCACGGGAUAAAAAAUUUAAAAUGAGAAUUUUUAUCAAUGAAUGA